GCGACAAUGCUGCGCGCUGCUAUUCUCAGACCUUAGUGUCGUCAUCAAUGUGUCUGAAAGUGUCAUAUUAUCACAUAUUAUUUUUCCUUUUUUUAUUUUUACAUAUUUUGGAUUUAACUUGACUUGCAAAAAGUGUUAUUUAUUAAUACUCAACUUGUUUUAUAUUUCUUACAGAACAAAAAAAAAAAAAAAAAAAAAACAAUGAAUAGACUGUUUGGAAAAGCAAAACCCAAGGAACCAGGUCCAAGUAUUGCUGAUUGUAUUGCUGGGGUCGAUGGACGUGCUGAUACAGCAGAAAAAAAAAUACAGCGUUUGGAUGCUGAAUUGAAAAAAUAUAAAGAUCAAAUGGGUAAAAUGCGUGAUGGACCAGCUAAGAAUGCAGUUAAAUCAAAAGCCCUGAGAGUUCUUAAACAACGUAAAAUGUAUGAAUCACAAGUUGAUAAUUUACGUCAGCAAGCAUUUAAUAUGGAGCAGGCUAAUUACGCAACACAAACAUUAAAAGAUACACACUCAACUGUUGCUGCAAUGAAAGAUGGUGUUAAACAAAUGCAAAAAGAAUUUAAAAAUAUUAACAUUGAUCAAAUUGAGGAUUUGCAAGAUGAUUUAUCAGACAUGUUAGAACAAGCUGAUGAAGUACAAGAAGCACUCGGACGUAGUUAUGGUAUGCCUGAGAUUGAUGAUGAUGAACUUGCUGCUGAGCUUGAUGCACUUGGUGACGACUUAGAUUUAGAAACUGAUACAUCAUUUCUUGAUGAUGCUAUUAAAGCACCAAGUGCCCCUGAUAAAGAACCUGGCGCAAAUUCAAUCAGAAAUAAGGAUGGUGUCUUGGUUGAUGAGUUUGGCUUACCGCAAAUACCAGCUACAUAAUAAGUACUUUUAUUAACUCAUUUAUAAGUAUCUAAAUUGAAAAUUUAAGA